GCGGAGACAAUGGAGCGAUGAUCGUGGGGGGUGGGCGUGCUUUUGUCGGUUGAUCCUUGGGGAGGCUGCAGUCCGGUAGCCCUGGACUCGGCGUGCUGACUCUGCCGGUUGACAUCUCCGCGUGUGUUCGGAGACCGAUUCACUCCCUGGUUAUAACACUGUGGUCGUACCCAGCCGUCGCGAACUCAAGGCGCGUGGAGAUCCCCGGCUUCCUUGGGCGUAACGCCUGACGUGUUGGUAUACAGCCAAGAUGCAGCGGUUCUGGAUCACGGCAACGUUAUGCGUGACGCUCACCGGUCUCGCCACCUUCGCACAAAAUCCGACCUAUAAAGGGUUUUCGGAUGUGCUGUCCAAGUCGUUCCGUGUCGACGCCGAGGUUACGCACAUUGGAAAGAAUAAGUCGGAGUUUAUCAGGGAGUACCACAACCGGGAGGACGGCACCGGUUACAUGGAGUUGCUCAUCGAAGGAACUACGUCGUACAUGUACUACUUUCUCGAAACCAACGAAGAAGUCACCAUCCUCGACGAUGUAUGCGUCAUAAUGGAUCUGUCUAAGACUGAGGCAGUCGUCGAUAAGAACACUGUCUAUGUCGGUCCUUCGUCCCAGCUGUUCCGCGUUCCGGCCAACGUCAUGAAAUACGUCGAACAGACGACAGUGCGCGGAGUCAGCACCAACCACUUCCAGGGAAACUUUAACGGGAAGCAGUACGACAUCUACGUCCGGACGGCCGACUGGAUGGAAAAUGGUGUCAAGAAGGGCGAGGCUCCGGUCCGACUGGAGAUCAACCAUGACAAAAGCGACAAUCGCACUAUCUUCGACUACUACAACUUUGAGCCGUUCACCCCCAAGAUUGGUCAGAUGAACCUCAAGACUGGCAUUGGGUGCGAGGGCAAGAAGAACCCAGCGUCCAAAAAGCUGCCAACACUCCCCCAGCAGGUUUCUUUUCAGUAUGAGAUUUACUACAACACGCGAGGUGUGAAGCCCGAACUGCACGUCACUGUGAAUAAGAUCUGGUACGACGGCGCCAACAAGCUCGCGAGGGUGGAACUCUUCCAAAACACCGGAGACACGACGGCAGAAAUCCACGACUUCAACUCAGGUGUCAUGUAUCGGUUCGACAAGGAGGGCACCUGCACGAUCGACCACAUCUCCAAGUCCUACUUCUCCAGGACCAUGGAGAGCAAGGACAUCCAGACCAUGAAGAGUCCCGCCGAGAUGCUCGAGCUCGUCGGAGACUUCUACUACGUGGGCCAGGCCGUGAUUCGCGGAGUAGCCAGCGACAUCUGGGAAUCGGUGAGACAGAACGUGACCGUCGAGGACGAGCACUACUCGCGCUUGGUCACCACUUUCUACUUCACUUCGCUCCAGUGGUUUUCGGCGGGAGCCCAGCUUGACAAGUUCGUGCCCCUUCGCCGCGAAACGAGCGGAAUGCAGGAAGACUUCAUUGGCACCUGGAAGCCGGAGAGUCACGCUGUGAACUACUUCGACUUCGAAGAGGAAGACAGGCUGGACGAGACAUUCGUGUGGAACUUCGACAUCAGGGACUGCGCAGUAAGCAAGGACAGCAAGAGCUACCUGGACCUUCUCUUCAUAAGCGACAAGAACGUGAGCCAGCGAGCCCUGUGGUCCAACCGGGACAAGCUGCUGGAGACCGUCUGGGAGAAGCUCUACACGUUGCCACAAAUUUCGCCCCUUCGCAUCCCCAAGCCGCAGAUAGGAUUCCUCGAAGACAACAGCAUUCACGUCGUCGCCCAACUGCUGCCGUCCCCCGAUGCAAUUGCCAGUUUCAUAAGGAGCGAGAAGAUGUUCGUGCCGGGCGAAAAGAUGAAACACGUCAGCGCGGUGCCAUCGCAGGAGGAGUGCGCCGAAAAGUGCUUCAAUGACGCCGAUUGCAUGACGUUCAUCUACUGCGACCAUGGCUGCUUCUUCUCGCCCAGCAACCGGCCCAUCGACUGGGGGAGACCCAUGGCCAUGAGCGGGUGCCGCCGCUACACCAAAGCGGAUGCCGACAUGAAGGCCACGUUCAGAAACAACUCCGAGGUUGUCAAGAUGCUCAAGGACGAGGUCGACAACGCGCGGUUCGUGCUCAAGGUUGCCAGCGAUGAACUCUCGAGUGCGGCAACAUACACUGCCGUGAGGCUUAACACGGACGCCAGCCCAUUCAACGCGAACCACGCGGGCGGCCUGUACGACGUGGCGUUCCCAGAAAAGGUCCUGUCCACGGACGCGGACACGACGAUGAAGGCCGUCAUGCUGGACGGCAGCUCGGAGAUCACGUCGGUGCAGCAGUGCUACCGCAACUGCAUCACCGAGAGCGGCAUGGAGUGCGCCUCGUUCUCGUACUGCGCGGCCACCAAGGACUGCCGGCUGUCGUCCAUCUACAUCCGGGACGACGACGCGGCCGCCAAGAAGAGCCUGGCCACGGACACGCGAUGCGACGUCUACGCACGUUCCUACAUCAACAUGUACGAGAAGUUCCCGGGCACGGUGAGCCGGGUGGGCGGAGCCCUGUCCAAGGACAACGUGCCCGACGAGAACCAGUGCGCGCAGCUGUGCAAGCACGACAAGCUCGUCCGGUGCCGCGGGUUCGAGUACUGCCCGGGCACCAAGCACUGCGUGCUGCACGAGAAGCACUUCCUCGACAUCCGGCCCGAGGACGUCGUCAACGAGACCGAGGCCUGCUCGCACUACGCCCAAAAGUUCUCGGCCGACUACUGGGAGGGCGCCAAAGGGGAGCUGCUGGCCCCGGACUCGGUGACCGUGACCAUCAUCAGCUUCGAGGACUGCGCCAAGCAGUGCACCUUGGACCCGAGCGGCCGCUGCAGGUCGUUCAACUUCUGUCCCGCCAAUGACGGGCCCGACCGCAAGUGCGUGCUCAACGCUCACUCCAUCGACGAAAUGGAGAGCAACAAGGACGUCAAGUUCCAGCCGAGCAAGGACUGCUUUUUCUAUUUCCAGCAAGACCACAUCAACGACUUCGUCCACUUCAACAAGAAGCAGGCGCUUUCGGCACAAGCCACCGGAUACACCUCAGGAGGACUCGGAGGCUUGCUCUUCGGCAUGCUCAUCCUCGGUCUCGUGCUCGGCGCAGCAGGUUACACCGCGUUCAACUACUUCCGGUCACGCCGAGGCGGGGCGGACAACACCACCGUUCGCUUCAUGCGUCACGAAGACGCCAGUUAGGACUACGUCGGACAUCCUUCGUAACGUCUUCAUCACAUGCUGGAUGUGAAUGACAUUUAGUGAGCAAAACGAGUUUUAUCGGGGCGAUUUCGCACUUAAAAACACCUCUACCGCAUGACGUCACAAAACAUUACCUGAGAGGUUCUUGCAGAAGCAGCUUUUCAACAUCAUCGUCACCAACCUACUUUUAGUUUGAUAAACACAAUGGUGAUGAAGUUGAAGACAGUUUCUGAAAAAUAGCUUUCUUACGUGCAUGACACCAAAUGUCAUAGAAAUAAGGUUGUGACUGCAAACUACAUUGCAGUCACGAUGAUUAGGACAGUGAACAGGGGUUUCAGAUUUGAAACCGAUGAAGCCAUUCGUAAAGAGCAUAUAAGUGAUAAAGGCCACACAAAAGUACAAUGUGCGUAUCCCCACCUAUUGGCACUUCUAUAGUUAAGAGACAAAGACCACGAACAAUUCCAGCAGGUCACAAAGAAACAAGAAAUGCUGACGAAACAAAGUGCUGAAAAGUGAAACAAGAGCUCUUUUUUUCUCUCAAACCCCAUAUGUGCCUUCUUCGUGCAACAAAAGCAAUGAUCCCCUUCCUUUCCUCUUCCGAUUUUAUUUAUUGCAAUGUCACGCUGCAGGAGCACUGUUCAUUUGCCAAACAUGUGAAGAAAUAAUAAAUCUUAUAUGCCAUCUGUACAAACACA